AUGCUUCGACCAUCUGCUGGUAUACGGGCGGUGCAUGGGCCAACUGCUGCUCUUGUGGUAUUGCUUGCUGUUGCUGAGGAAGCUGCUGGUUUCUGGUCUGUGAACCUUGAGGCUGUUGAGGCAACAACUCCGACUGUUGUAGCUGUGGUUGCUGUUGGGAGAACAGAUCAUGUAACUGUGGGUGCAUUUGUUGCGAACCCCGCUCCUGUCGUGAUUGCUGUUGUGAUGGUAACACUUGAGGUUGAGGUUGCUGUUGUUGUUGAGAUUGUUGUUGCUGCUGUUGAGGUUGCUGUUGUUGUUGUUGAGGUUGCUGUUGUUGUUGUUGUUGAGGUUGCUGUUGAGGUUGCUGUUGUUGUUGUUGUUGCUGUUGCUGGGGUUGUUGAGGUUGUUGCUGCUGCUGUGGUUGUUGUUGUCGUUGUUGCGCUAGCUGCUCCAUCUGCUGCCACUCCCUUACAUGCUCUCCUGUGUCCACUGGUCUCGGCUGCGCCUGUUGUACAGAUACCCGGGAGGGGGACUCUGAUACUCCAGCCACCUGAACUGCCUGAGCAGUGA